CCGGCUGUACUGCACAUAAGUCCAAACUCUGCUCUUCAUUUCUUAGUUACCAAGAAUCUAUGUAAUGGUGCGUACCUCCCUUACUCAAAAACAAUCCAGUGAGGAGAGUCUGCUCCCCGAUUCAUUGAACUGCUAAGACGCUUCACCUGCCUUGCGCCUUCAAAGGACUCUACCGUUAAUUGUAUAUUAUAGCAAGCUUCAAGAGAAAUUGAGCUGGCAAAGUCGAGUCUGUGACUCUUUGUCAUUAGAUUUCUCUUUAUCGGACAUACUAUCCAGACGCCCAAAUGAAGCGCAAACAUGAAGCCGUUGGAGCACUGGGGCUUGGAGGCUAUGCCAGCGAGGAUGAGGAGGAAGACGUUGAAAGCCAGGAGCAUGGGGCAGAGGACACCGCAGAGGAGCAGUUGGAGGGCGUCGACAAGCCAGGCGCCCUGUUGCCAAACUACCCGAGCCGGGAGUCGUUGGGCCGAAACGGCGUCGAAGAUAUGGACGCUGGUGCUUCAGAGGAGGAGCUUCGGGGUUCACCGGAUGCAGCUGGAACGUCUGGCGGGGACGGCGACGCAGGGCCAAGCUCGGGGGGCGUGAACCCAGACGACCCGCUUAGCCGGCUACCCCCAGAGCUGAGGGACCCGCUGCCCACAACCUGCUCUGAGCAACUCCAGGCCAAGUUCUUGCAAUACCACCAUGCGCUGCGCGCGAAGGGCAUCUCCCUGACCGACCAAAUCAGCCACCGCAAGGCCUUCCGCAACCCCGACUUCCUCCAGAAGCUAGUCGAGCACUUCAACGUGCAGCAGCACGGCAGCGCGUUCCCGCCCGACGUGUUUGAUCCGGAGAGCUUGCCGCAGGAGGACACGAUAGACCAGCUGCUGAGGGCUCUGGAGCGCGAGCAGGAUCGCCGGGCGAGAUUACGGGAGCAGCAGACGGCUGCUGGCACUGCCCGGAUAGACUUCGCCAAGGGCACGGGGCCGCUGGGCCACAUACCGGCGUCGGGCAGCGCGAGCAACCUAGCGCUUGCGCAGGCAGCAGCCCUGGCGCAGGCGGCUGUGGCGCGGGUGGUGGGAAACAAGCGAUAGCUGCCGGCGUGGGGUGGUGUGGCGGAGGAGAAGCGUGGAGUGCAAUUGGGCGGAGAUCAGUGACAGUUGCAUGUUGCAUGUGUUGCAAUUGAGCCCUUGUGUAUGCGGGCAUUGUGCAACAACGGUGUUGUACGGUUGAGGAAACCUCAAUUGCUCAUACUCGAUGCAACCACUUGUAACCAAAGCCUUAG